GGCGGGCGGGAAAGUGCCGCGAGGUGAGGCCUGGGGGCGGCGCGGGCGCGACUGAGGGGCGCAGCCAGCGGGUUCGUGUACCUUGCCGUUUUAUUCCUGUCUUCGUUUGUCCCUGUGCACAUCAGCUCUCAUGAUUACUGACACUUGCCCUCCAAAACAAGCAGAACUCUGGGGAAGAGGAACUUCUGUCUCAGCGCAACCUUCAAAACUGUAACACCACAGGCUUGUUACAUGCCCAGCUCCCCCUGCUUUCAUUCUGACUUCCAUGGAAUGGAAGAAACAGUGAAUACUUCUUGCCAAGGUGCAAGGCAGCAAGAUGCCUGGGACUCCUCUGUCUCAGUCUUUCUACAUCUGCAAGAUAUGAUCUUCAAGCAGUUAAUUGGCUCUCCUGGGAACAGCUGCACAGAACCAAAGUUUGGUCUCAAUUUUAUCCAUAAGGACAUCACCUCUCACACCUGCUGACAUGAGCUACUCCAGAGACAAAGAGUUGUGAAGCCACCUUCACCAGGGCAGACAAUAUCCUAACAUGAAUGGUUUGCUGCACCUUCCCUAUUGACACCACUGUACAUUUCUGUUCCUAAAGCUGCAAUGGAUGCGUAUGCAGCUUCCUCCAGGACCAGUUCCCCUCCCAAUAUUUGGAAAUUUGUGGCUGUUGGACUUCAAACUUCGUCGAGAAACUCUCACUAAGUUAACCAAAAUCUAUGGAAACAUCUACACAUUGUGGAUGGGACAGACACCCAUGGUUGUACUGAAUGGAUACAGAGCAGUAAAAGAUGGCAUUGUCACCCAUUCAGAAGAAGUUUCUGGAAGACCUCUCACCCCAUUCUACAGGGACAUGAUGGGUGAGAAAGGUAUUUUUCUGACUAGCGGGCACACCUGGAAGCAACAGAGACGCUUUGGCAUGACAAUUAUAAGAAGCCUGGCGCUUGGUAAGAACAAUUUGGAAAAUCAAAUUCAAACAGAGGCCUGUCACCUUGUGGACAUCUUUGCAAACAUUAAAGGCAAACCUUUCGAUCCCCACACUUUCGUUGUCCGUGCUAUUGCAAAUAUAAUUUGUGCUGUUGUUUUUGGUCAUCGCUUCUCCAGUGAGGAUGAAUCUUUCAGCAAGCUUAUCAAAGCUAUUUAUUUUGUGAUCUACUUUCAAGCUACUAUCUGGGGCAGGAUGUACGAUGCUUUCCCAUGGCUUAUGCACCGCCUCCCAGGACCUCAUCAGAAAGUGUUUGUAUACAAUGACUUCAUGCACAAUUUAGUUAUGAAGGAGGUCCAGACUCAUGAGAGACAGAAUGCAGGUGAUCCACAGGAUCUCAUUGACUUCUACCUAGCUCAAAUAACAAAAACCAAAGAUGACCCUACUUCCACGUUUAAUAAAGACAACAUGGUUCAGACAGUGGUUGAUCUUCUGCUGGGAGGGACAGAAACAACAAGCACCACCCUUCUCUGGGCACUGCUCUACAUGAUACAAUACCCAGAAAUCCAAGAAAACGUUCAAAGAGAGAUAGAGGCUGUUCUGGAACCCUCCCACCUCAUCAGCUAUGAAGACCGUAAAAAACUGCCAUAUACAAAUGCUGUGAUUCAUGAGGCUUUGCGGCACAGCAACGUUACUUCUGUUGGGGUCCCUCGACUAUGUGUGAGGAAUACAACUUUGCUGGGGUUUCACAUUAAAAAGGGCACACUUGUAUUGCCAAAUCUGCACUCUGUUGUGUACGACUCUGAGCACUGGGCAACCCCCUGGAAGUUCAACCCAAAUCAUUUCCUUGAUUUGGAUGGCAACUUUGUGAACAAAGAGGCAUUCUUACCUUUCUCAGCAGGACACCGUGUAUGUUUGGGGGAACAGAUGGCACGAGUUGAACUGUUCAUCUUUUUUACCAACCUCCUUCGGGCGUUCACAUUUCAGCUGCCUGAGGGAGUAAAGGAAAUCAAUUCGGAAUACAUUUUGGGUGCAAUACUGCAGCCACAUCCAUACAAGCUCUGUGCUAUUCCACGCUAGUCUGCAAUAUGUUACAUUGCAGAGGUACUUCAACCAGUCAAUAAUUGCAGUUACUUUAAAAACAUAUAUCAAUUGUAUUCAAAUGUGGGUCGCUCAGUAUAGCAAAUUAAUACAAAAUGUUUUUAUUUAGGAGGUCUGACCUCAUAUAGCUGAACUGUUUGAAACUGAAGUGUACUUGCCAAAGCUCACAUAAUCGCAUCUUAGGCAUAAACAAAUACAUUACCAAAAAAAUAUCUUUUCACACUUACAGUAGCAAUGAAUUAUAUGUAGGAUUUUAGAGAAGUGAUCUGUAUCAAGCAGUUUCCUGCAUAGUGCUCAGUCAGGUAUCACACUCUUAAAAUGGCACAACUGUUCUGAUGCAGCAGGGAUGCCUGAAUGAAAAAAAAAUAAAUACUCUUCAAUAUGCUGUUACUCCUCUGUGUUCACAGAAGGUCUUUGCUUACAUCCUUUUGCAGAAGGUAACAGAGUAUACACAGUUAGUGUUGACUCCUUUUCCUUUCACAGUCCCGUAAAGCACUACAUAUUGUAGUAUAAAAUUCACACACACAAAUGAUUGCAGAAUGGGACUUGUUAUAAUCAUAGCCCAUUUAGAAAUCCUUACACCUUUUUCCUUUACCUCCUCAGCAUCCAAUUCCUAUUUUAUCGCAACUCUCAGAUCCAGGUGCUUUCAUGAACGUUUCCUUCUUCUGUUUAGAAACACUACUAUAUCAUCCAAUAAUCUUCUAUCUGAAGGGAAAGGAAAACCCCUUCAAAUAAAUGAAAAUGCCAACAUUUGUUAAAGCAGGCACAGUAGAGAUUUAUUACUCAUGGUGUUUUCUUUUGCUGUCUCAUUAUUUCACAACAGACGUGGAAAGUUUUGACCACUAGAAAUUCAGCUGCAAGCAUCCUAGAUGCUUUCAAAGUUCAACAGAAGCAAGCAUAAAUUAUGGUAGGAAGUAGUUAAAAGUAGAAUAUUACA